AAAAAAAAAGACCCAGUGGAAAAAAAAAAGCGAUGAGUUGUGAGGCAGACAGCAGGUCCUCCAGCCCCAGAGGCUGCGCACAACUCAUUUGUUUAAAUUUGCAGCUGACGGCUGCCACCGCUCUACAGGCACCAGGCAGAGCCCCGACCUCAGACAGUGACCCGUCUGGAGACGUGCGGCUGCAAGCAUGAACUACCCCUUAACCCUGGACGUGGACCUUAUCAACUACAACCUGGAGGACGUGUACAAGGAACUGGGCAACUACAGCGACAGCACGGAGAGUCCCACAGUGGAAAACCACGUCUGCUCCACCGUGGAGGGGCCCCUCCUGACCUCCUUCAAGGCCGUGUUCAUGCCAGCGGCCUACGGCCUCAUCUUCCUCCUGGGCAUGAUGGGCAACGUCCUGGUGCUGGUGGUCCUGGAGCGGCACCGGCAGACGCGGAGCUCCACCGAGACCUUCCUGUUCCACCUGGCCGUGGCCGACCUCCUGCUGGUCUUCAUCCUGCCCUUCGCCGUGAUCGAGGGCUCGGUGGGCUGGCUCCUGGGCUCUUUCCUCUGCAAAACCGUGAUCGCCCUGCACAAGGUCAACUUCUACUGCAGCAGCCUGCUCCUGGCCUGCAUCGCCGUGGACCGCUACCUGGCCAUCGUCCACGCCGUCCACGCCUACCGCCGCCGCCGCCUGCUCUCCAUCCACAUCACCUGCACCGCCAUCUGGCUGGCGGGCCUCCUCUUCGCCCUGCCGGAGAUCCUCUUCGCCAAAGUGAGCCAGCCCCAUAACAACGGCUCCCUGCCCCGCUGCACCUUCUCCCAGGAGAGCCUCGCCGGAGCCCACGCCUGGUUCACCUCCCGCUUCCUCUACCACAUCGGCGGGUUCCUGCUGCCCUUGCUGGUGAUGGCCUGGUGCUACGCAGGCGUGGUGCACAGGCUGCGCCAGGCCCAGCGGCGCCCCCAGAGGCAGAAGGCAGUCAGGGUGGCCAUCCUGGUGACGAGCGUCUUCUUCCUCUGUUGGUCACCCUACCACAUCGUCAUCUUCCUGGACACCCUGGCGAGGCUGAAGACCUUGGGCAGCGGCUGUGCGCUGAACGGCUACCUCUCCGUGGCCAUCACCAUGAGUGAGUUCCUGGGCCUGGCCCACUGCUGCCUCAACCCCAUGCUCUACACGUUCGCGGGCAUCAAGUUCCGCAGUGACCUGUCGCGCCUGCUGACCAAGCUGGGCUGUGCCGGCCCUGCCUCCCUCUGCCAGUUCUUCCCUAGCUGGCGCAAGAGCAGCCUCUCCGAGUCGGAGAAUGCCACCUCCCUCACCACCUUCUAGGUCCCGGCCCCCUUUGCUUCCCUUUCCCUGGGGGAUGCGCUGUUCCUGGCGCCCCUUCCAACAGGACCUGGGAUCCUGAGGGCUCGCCGUGACCAGUGCCCUCACGUGGGGCCAGCCCCUCUCUCCAGGACAUCCCUGCCGUCUCUUCGUCUGGCCCCAGGCCUGGGCUGCAGGCCAGAGAGGGGAGGCAGCCCGAAGGCAAAAGCGAAAGAUGCCUGUGCCCGGCUGUAUCUCCCAGGGCUGAGAUGGCCCCACAGAACAAUCUUUACUUCUGCCCGUGCCCAUCGGGACAGCCGGUCCCCUCCCCGAAGGCGCUGCAUCCGCUUACGGACCACCGGCCGCACCACUACCCGCCUCUCCUCGCGCCCCGCCUGCCGAAAGAAGCUGGAGGCCGAGCACCAGGCAAUGGAUGGAGGUCAAGGCUGAGGAAAGGCCAGCUGGCAAAAGAAUGUGGCCUUAAUGUCUCAGUCACUAACAAACACAGACAUUCUGCCAGGCCACCAGCCCGGCAGCAUCUUGACCAAGCAGGGAACUCAGACGGACUGAAUCCUGGAAGCUGCUCCUGGCCCUGACCAAAAUGGCCCUGGGCCAGCCCUGCGUCUCGGGGCUCUGGGAGGUCUGCAGACUGAGCGCGGACUCCAGGCGCCCCCAGAGACCAGCUGGCCCGUGUCCUGUGGAAGAAAUAAGGCACAGCCAGCGGAGAGACGCCGCUGAGAGAGAAGACUCUCCUUCCUCAGCCCCCAGGAGGGGCAAGAACAAAGCAAAGCCUCUGUCUUCUCUGCCCAGGGCAGAGAGGGCUGAGGGCAUUAGGGUCCAGGGUCCUGGUAGGUCUGGGUACUGACAAGGAAGGAGGUUGACUGUUUCCUCCCGCCCCUUUCCACAAGCUACACAGCAGAGGGUCCCCAUCACAAGGAGAGAGCACUUUGCCGAGAGUCAGGACGAGAUGGAGACCCCACCCCCACCCCAGAGGGAUGACAGACUGAAAGAGGCUUCUGGGGGUCAUCACAUCCAGCCCCUGCCUGCAGGCCACACCCAGAGCUUGCCUGUCUCUCAGGCCUCAGCAAGAGGCACGGCCCUUCCCCUUCGUCUAGGCGGGUGGGAAGCAGGCCUGGCAGGGAAGUCCCCAGGCCCCAGGAAGCCAAGCCCCGCCCCUGAGGGCACACGACUCAGACGGAACCAGAGGAUGGCUCUCCAUGCCUGCCUGCCCAGAGGGCUCUCCCCCUCCUCCACGGCCCCCGGGCGCGCUAGGGUGGGAUGUCCGGCCCCCUGCACCUGCCGAGGGCACCUCUGGGCUGCCCGGUCCCACUCACGGCAGCCAGCCAAGGGCCCGGAAGGCCCUGUGGUGGAAAUCAGAGCCUGGGACCUGGGGCAGGGGGCCUGCAUCCUCACCGAGGAAGCCGGGGAAGGGCCAGGAGCCCUGCGUUUUCUCUCCCAGCAUCCCACAGUAAGCUGGGUGGCCGAGGAGACAGACACAGAAGCAAAAAGACAAGAGGUUAGAUUUUCAAUUUUCUCUUUUUAAUAAAAAGGCACCUAUAAAACAGGUCAAUACAGUACAGGCAGCACAGAGACCCCCGGAACAAGCCUAAAAAUUGUUUCAAAAUAAAAACCAAGAAGAUGUCUUCACA